CACGGCAUGUGACAGGCCAGGCGUGAUCACGGAGCUUACCGAGCGUAGUGGAACAUCCAGACAGAAACAAUCGAUGUAAAGUCAUGGCAGCUGGGAUUUUGACUUUACUGGGGAGAAUUCGGCUUCUAAGUGGCUCCCGUCCAACUGUUGUGCGAUGUUGUGGCCUGCGAAGUCGUCCUCCAUUUAGCCCGGAGGAUGAGGAUGAUCUGGAGAGUGAGGGGAAUGAGGAGCAGGAAAUCAUGAGUAUUCUGAAGAGGCGUGGGGAAGCCAUCCGGUUCAAACGAAUAAAGCGGGAGAUGGAACCCCCUGAACUGCCUGAAAGGCGUCUGACGUGGAAUGCAAUGGAGCAGAUCAGAUAUUUGAAGCAGGAGUUCCCUGAAGAGUGGACUAUACAGCGACUUGCUGCCGGAUUUAAUGUUAGUACUGAUAACAUCAGGAGAGUAUUAAAGUCAAAAUUUGUCCCAUCAGAAGCUCGAAAGAUGAAACAGGAUGCUGCUGCUUUCAAAAGCCUUGGCCAAGUCUCCAGCACAAAGCAUGACCAGCCUAAGUUGGUGCCUUCUUCUAAACAUCCAUCACAACCGCUCUUGGCACAUGGUAACAGUGACAGGCAUCUUCUAGUCAGCCAGUCACCACCGCUUCUUCCUUCUCCCAAAACAUCAGACUUCUCACAUAUAGCCGUGAGGACAGAGGGUACACAGAGACAUAUAGGUAAUGCUCUAGUACCUCAAAACAUGCUUCAGGGGGUCAAGGAGGCUCAACCUCCUCUUGCCGUGUCAAGUGCAAGUCCAAACAGACAGGAAGAACCUGUGCCAGACGACCCUGGGGAAGAGGACUGGAAGAUGCUUGAUGAGAAAUGGGAUGGGGAGGUAUUAAGUGAUCAUGACAUGGAAGAAUUAGCCAACAGUGGACUUGAAAACAAGAUGAAAGUUGUACAAAAAGGGAGAGAAUUUUUUGAUGGCGAUGGCAAUUUUCUCUAUAGAAUCUGAAUGUAAACAAGCGACU